AUGUUUCGCGUGCAUUCUGUAACUUUUACGGCUUCUGCAUUGAGUGCCUUUGUGUUGUUCGUAUGCCUUAUUGCAAUGAUAUAUAUCAAGAGAGAUGUUCAAGAUGCUUACAGAUCACUGGACACCGAAAUGCGUCACUUCAAAGUGAUCACUGAUGAUUUAUGGAACGAUCUGAUAGUACUUGGGCGAAAUCCUCCAAAACGACGCCAAAGGAGACAAAAUGAGAAGGGUUCAGACAGUACUUAUCAGUCCACUGAAACCUUCCGGAACAAGGCAUCACCAGUUACUGAUAACCGACACGAUUAUCUCACAUCCGAUUCUUCUGCUCCAUUUCCCUCUACUGAAAGUAGUAUUUUAUUGGAAUCUAGCAAGUUAAAAUUAAAUGGUGAUAGAAACAAAGAAUCGGAUCAAUUUUUUAAGCCACUUACCGGAUCACUCCUUUCAAACAUAGGUGGUAAACAGAGGGCAAAGGGUUUUCCGCCAAGUGGACCGCAAUUAGCCGAUAUUUGCAAAUGUUCUAACCAAAACUUAUGUCCAGCUGGACUACCAGGCCCGAAGGGUCCAUCGGGACAUGCUGGAUUAGAUGGUAUACCUGGCAUUGAUGGGCAACAUGGCAAGGAUGCUGAAAAUAUGUCAUCGCUUCACAAUGAAGCACCAUGUUACCACUGUCCCCGAGGGCUGCCUGGCAUUCCAGGAGCGGUUGGGAAGCCGGGUUUAAGAGGAAUUACAGGUGCAAAGGGUCGAAGUGGAGUUCCUGGAAGAAAUGGGCAACCAGGAUCACCUGGUGAGCCUGGACUGGCAGGACCUGUAGGGAAAGACGGUGAAAUGGGUCCACCAGGCUUCAAAGGUUCAGACAUGCACCAUUUAGUUGGUCGUCCUGGUUCGAAAGGAUCAAGAGGAUCAUCAGGACCAGCAGGACCGCCUGGAGACAAAGGUGCUGAAGGACAAACUGGUAAAGCUGGUCCACAAGGUCCGCCAGGAAACCCUGGGCCUGCUGGUCCACCUGGUCCUCAAGGACAAAUGGGAUCUGAAGGUGAAGAAGGAAGGCCUGGAAAAGAUGCCGAGUAUUGUCCGUGUCCACCACGCAGAUCUGACAUCGCUCAUCAUCAGCGCAAAGAACAGAAAGCAACAGCUGCGUUAUACAACAGCUAUGGUGAGAAAGAUGGGAAGCCGAUUAGCGAGGGCUCUCCUUACAACAGGCUGUAA